ACACAUACCAACACAGUCACGAACAGACUUGUCUUUUGACUGGAUUCUGGGCGUCUUCCUCGGAAUCCCUUGCUGGGCUUGCUCUUCUGAUCACUUUCUGUACUCUCGACGCGUAGCUGGAGUCGCCAAACUGCGCCCCUUCUUGAUUGCUUUCCAUGUCACGGGAGUCUCGAUCCUGGGAGAAGUAUUGUCUACCAUCAAGUCCCUAGAGCCCACCACCGGCCAAACAACUCAUCUGCACCCACUGGACGCGUCAAACGUGCUCCUACUGCCCCUCCAGCACCGGACGCCACCAACGAACCACCCAUCCCCUCUCGACGCGCUCCCACCAGCGGCUGUCACGCCGCGUUAUGCCGUCAUUCCCCCUGCCACAAGGCUCUAGUCGCGAGGCCGAUCACAUCUCCAUCUACAGUGCAGAUGCAGACGGGAGCGAUGAUAGUGAGGCGGACGCUGCCGGGGAGGAUGACAUCGACGAAUGCGAGGAGUUUCUCUUGUACCAAUCCGCCCACAAUAGCCCCGAAAUACCUUUCCCAAGUGCCUCAACAUCCCGUGACAUCUCCAAUGACUCUACCCUUGUCAGUAUGGGGCUUAACCAUGUUUCCAAGAAGCUGGCGCAGCAUCCACCGUUCUCGUCGACACCCACGACGGACGACUGCGGCCCAGAUGGCACAAUAAACCCACCGUCAGUGCCGAAGGAGCGAGGACCACGCUCCGUCCACGAUCUCUUUUCUAUCUCAUCUUCUGGGGAAACUACACCUCUGACAGUGGCUAGUAGCUCAAGAUCGACCCCUGCGCCGCGUGAAGCCCCUUUAGUCCUCAACGGCAAUAUUUCGCCUGGAACUGUCGUAAUCCACCGUGCGCCGCGAAUACCUCUACCGUCCAAGCGCAAGCCUGCUGGCGGACUCGCAGAGGGACGCACUCGCAAGCGCGCUCGCAUGACAUUGGACUAUGUCGCUGUUCCUUCCUUCCCAGCUGGCGUGUCGCGAGAUGACUACGAGCCCUCCACCUCUUCAGGCUUGCGCCAGCGACCAGCACCAUCACCAGAGGUAAUCGAUAUCACGUCCUCGAGUAGCUCCUCGCGAGUAACGACGCCAACUCGCUCGCGCGCUGCUUCCGUAUCUACUGCGAGGGAGAGCCAUGACUCAAUCUUCGACCUGAUCAUAGACACAGUCAUGUCGCCGCCACCCGAGCGUAUGCGCCUCUCUUCACCCGCUCCGCUUCGCGCGCCUCGUGCAGCGUCAACGCGCCGAACGUUCGACAGCCUCGCGGAUGCACUCAACAACCUCAACGAAGAUGUCAGCAGCUCUGACGAUGAGGAGGAGGAGGAGGAAGGCAUCGCCACCUUAGAUCGACGCCGCCGUCCGUCGGGUUCCCGACCGACCAGGGCCGCUCGAAGUCCAGCCAAGCGGCCUCGCAAAAGACCUUCUGACGCCGACGCGUACAAUCCACGCACAAGUGGUGUGAGGCGGAAGAAGACGGCAGAUAAACGUGAACUCUCUUGCUCAACCCGACACCCGACACCCAAGCAUACCCUUUCAAGUUUGAGCGCGACACCAAAGGAUACCCCAUCACCGCAUCAUUCCCUUUCCCCGGAGCGUCGGCCAUCCGAGUGGUCAGAGCAGGUAGAAAGCCUUCUACCCUCGUCAAGCCCACCAGAAGAUGUCGGACCUCCACCUCCCAUCAUCUUGCCUAUCGCAACAUCAUCGCUUAGGUCGCGGGCAGCGGUACUAUUGAACUCUCGUCAUAUUUCUUGGGAUGACAGCGCCAGGCAAAGUCGGCACGCGCAAGCCUUACGGCAAGCAUGGGAAGAGGAACCUAUCGUAUUCGAUCUCACCGUCAGGCCACCUACAUCCGACAAGCAAUGGGUUAAGGUCGCGAAGGAGGAGCCGAAUGGCGAGGAGAUCCCACCCAUACUUGAGCGUCAGAACCCUCAACAUGUGAGGGAAACCUCAGACAGGGUCGAGGCAGAGUCGAGCGCCACGUCCUAUACCGGUUUUCAGGGCAUCAUGCCUCCCCUCCAACCACCUGAGGAUGACGGUGCACACUCUGAGCCGUUGGACGACCAGAUGAAUCCAGCGCUCACCUUGCUAUAUCCGGACGACUUCUCCAUAUCGCCAACGACGCAAUCCAACGACCAUUUCACGCCGCCGCCACUUCACUACUCCCAAAUGCCCACAUGCGCGACGCCAGCCGAGCUUCAAGAUUUGAGCUUUCGGUUCACCGUGACUGCGCCUAGCAUACACUCCUAUGAAAUCGCUGCAAUAGCGCCAUCCGACCCUCCACAGACUAUCGCACCGCCUUCCCCACAUGUCAGUGCUGCCGGGACGAGUACGACCGAAUUACCGGUGGUCGACCCCCAUGAUGUCUUCAACACCGACUUCCUGUCCGUCACCGAUGAUCAUCUCUCCGCCACGGGUACGCACGGCCGUCCGACGCGUGCUGCGUCUCCUGUCCCCUUCUCGACGGAACCAUCUACCUACAAUAUCCUGCACAUACCAUUUGGCGGCACGGAAGAGGCUCCACUGUAUGGUCUCGAAGAUGAUUUGCAGGGUCGGGUGGACAAUUGGAUGCAUGGCGCUGGGCUCGCUGCGGAGCCGCCAUCUCAGGACCUGCACGGGCUUGCCCCGUCCGCGCCUGCAUCUACCAGCGCGGAGCCACAAAAUGUUGCCGGCGCCCUGCUAGAAGUUCCCGCUGCCCCGUUCGCGCCGUCAUGUUCCGCGCGGGGACGGUCUCGCUCUCCUGGAUAUUCCGUCGUGUCAUCCCGUCCCAGCUCCCCUGCGUCCUCGCGUGCCGGCUCCUCGCGCGACCGCUCACCGUCGGUCCCUCUCGCUACCCAGUCUCGGAAGCGGAAGCGACGCGCGGGCGUGCACCCGCCUCCGGACAUGGCUGGACCGGACGCGAAGGUCAACUACAAGACCUUCAAGUGGCCAAUGAAGGCAGGGAUCCCAUACACAAAGUUGUGCCAUCAGUGUCGACAGGCCGGGUCCACUUCAAGGCUGGCGAUGGUGUGUGCAUGCGGUAAGCAUUAUUGUAGCCGCUGCAUCAUCCUCCGGUAUCAUGGAGUCAUUGACUUCGACCCGAAGGCCGAUUUCACCUGUCCUCACUGCGAGAAAUAUUGCUCGUGCGACCUUUGCUGCAGGGACCGGGGUGAGGCCUUCAUCUCCUUGAAGGACUUCAUGGAUAGCCGGGCGGUAGAUGGCGCGUCCACGUCCGUGCUCCAUGCUUCUCCACCGCCGGAAAUGGACGCCACUAUCGAGAUGAAUCAUAUGGACGGGCCCAGCCGUUCGUAUUCCCCUGCACGCCGACGGGCCACCCGUCGCCCUUUUGUGGUUCAACGUCGUGGUGGACCUGUGACUUUCUGGGGAACAAUGUACGACCUGGAGGGCGUACUCGUGGGCAAGGCUUACGGGCGGGAAGUGGCCGACGAGGACCCUGGAAAUGCGGUCGUCUCGAGGCCGGAUGCCCCGCAGGCUGCGCAUGCGAGGCGCGCCACGGGGAGGCGCAUGUUCAUCGGCGCCGUGCAGAAGUCAUGGGGGCGUAUCGACAAGCGAAAGAUCACAUUUGCGGACGGACAGGGCGGCAGGGGCGACAGGGAGAUCUCGACGGGGGCGCACCUGUAUGUUGGGAAUCGGACGAACCUGAUGCGUCCGAUUGUCCCUGCGGACGAGGAGGAAGCAGAGGACGAUGCGCCGAUUACGUCGAUCCAAUGGACGCGCGACUCGAGUGUGCCGCCGCCUGCGUGGGAUAGCGAGGACAUCGGGAUCCGGGAUGAACAUGUAGUGGCUGCAAACGCCCUCCAGAACCUGCUCGAUUUCGAAUUGGGGGGUGGCGACUGGGAACCUUAUUCUAGCAUACCAGCCUAGCUAUAUUUCUAGCGUACGCGUAGCUAUUGUCUUGGGCCCGUUUGUGGCGAGUUUGCUGCGUGGUUUGCGCAGAAAGGAUGAGGAGCGAGCGGACCGAGCUUAGACCGCAUUAGGUAAUCUGGUUGGGCGUCGACUUUGAAUCUGGGA